CAUGACAUAACCCGCUUAACAGGCUUAAUGUAAUCGAUGAUAAACUUUUUUUUCAAUCCUAUUAACUUUUAGGGUUUAUAGGUUGUGCUUCAAUUGUGCUCUCCUCCUAAAUCUUAACAAACAAAAUGAACAUGGGAUUCUUCAAGGUAUUUAUCCCUGAAACUAAUGGAAAGCCGUAGAAACUUCCUACAACUUAUACCGAUUACGUGGAUGGAAUAUUACCUAGCAACAUUAUCCUAAGGGAUCGGUUUGGAAAUAUGUGGCCUAUAGGGGUAACCAAAGAAGCAAAAGAUAUUUAUUUUGAAUAUGGAUGGGAAAAAUUCAUUAAGGACAACAUCGUAGAGCUUGGAGACUUCUUUAUUUUUGACUUUGAUGGAACCAGAAUUUUUGACUUUACACUACUUGGAAGAAAUGGAUGUGUAAAGAAAGGAGUUGGGAGUUUAAAAAUUAAUGUGAAGGAGGAGGAAGUAGAGGAAAUGAAUGUUGAACAUCAAAACAGUGUGGAGUCAAAGGAGAAUACUAGGGCUAGAGAUAGCAAGAACAUUUCUUCUUUUGAUAUUACGGAUGAGAAUACCCUAGUAGAAGAAAAAGAGGAUGAACAAAAGGAAUAUGAAAAUAGGGAAGAUGUUCCAGAAGAAGAAGGUGAAAAAGAAGAACCUGAUGAAUACAAAGAAGACGAGGAUGAUAAAGAAAGAACUGGCAUAUUAAAAAAAAAUGACAACACGUUCCAAAGGCAUAAUUUUGUAUUCAUAUUAUUGUCAUGAUAUAUUUAAGGAGACAAUUUGCUACAAAUAUAUUCAGAAGUGGAGGAGGAACUAAG